GGUAGUACUGAAUUGUUUAAGUAUGGGAGUAUUGUAUAGAGUGAGUUUCGUGUGGCUUGCAGGAAAGUGGUGUGAAUGGCGAGUAGUAAUUGUACGAGACUGAAGGAUGAUAGAGGAACUGAAAUUUCAAAGUCUCCUUCACAUGAACUCGGAAGCAAAUUCUCCGAUGAUGGCACUGUUACAUAUUUUUGGCGUGCCCAUACACUUACAGUGCUCUUUGUACUUGUGAGUGUUCUCAUCUAUGUGGCUGUAUUUGAACCUGUCAGAGAUGAUACCUCAUAUAACACUAAGAGAGGUCUUGUGGCUAGUGUGUUGGCUUUCAUCCUCUUAGGAGUGACAGUUACACCUGAUGGAGUAUUCAAGCGACCACAUCCCGUAGUGUGGAGGUUUGCUUUCUGUUGCAGUAUUGUAUAUGAACUAGCACUUAUAUUCACUCUUUUCCAGACUAAAACUGAUGCAAUUCAUUUGCUAAAACAUAUUGAUUCCAAACUUGGGGUUCCACUAGAAGAGAAAAGUUAUGGUGGAAACUGCCUUAUUUAUGAUAAAGAUGUACCUGAGGAUCCAUUCCAUAAUGUCUGGGAUAAAUUUGACGUGUUUGUGCCAACCCAUUUCUUUGGUUGGUGGCUAAAAACUCUUGUCCUGAGAGACUGGUGGCUGAGCGUUGUGAUGUCUGUGAUGUUUGAGAUCCUGGAGUACACACUGGAACAUCAGCUGCCUAACUUCAGUGAGUGCUGGUGGGAUCAUUGGAUAAUGGAUGCAGCGAUAUGCAAUGGUCUUGGCAUUUAUCUCGGACUUAAAACACUCAAGUAUUUCUCUAUGAGGACAUAUCAUUGGCGAGGGCUUUGGAGGAUACCGACAUACAGGGGGAAAUUAAAGAGGUUGAUAGCUCAGUUUGGCCCAUAUUCAUGGGUUGACUAUGACUGGAGAUCUACUUCUAGUCUGGGCCGUUGGGUCGCAACACUAGGCAUUACAUUUGUGUUUCUGUUGGCUGAACUCAAUACAUUCUAUUUGAAGUUUGUGCUGUUAGUGCCACCAGAGCAUUACCUUAAUCUGGUGCGUUUGUUCCUUUUCCUGUUUUGGGGUGCUGUCUCAAUGAGAGAAGUGUAUCAGUACCUGGAUGAUCCAGACUGUACCAAGAUAGGUCGGCAGUCAUGGAUGACAUUAGCAAUAAUUUCAACAGAGUUCCUUAUAGUUGCUAAAUUUGAUUGGGAGACAAUAACAAAGCCCUUUCCCAGUCACAUCGUUCUACUGUGGGUAGUUGGUUUGUCAUCUCUAGUAGGGUGGACAGUCUGGCGAUUUAUUAUCUCAGGAUCUCAAAGGAUGUCUGGUCUGCUGAAUGUCGAUGAGCGUCGACAGAGAUGGGCAGUAGUUCGGUCAUGUGAACUGGGAAAGUUUGCUAUGAAAGAUGAUUAAUGGGUUAAAGUUCGUGCUGCUAUUCUUCCAUACUUCACAGGUGAAUGUCAGAAUGGAACCUUGAAAUAUGAAGGAUGAUCUUCCAAACCUUUACUUGCACACCACUUAAUGAUAGUUUCCUGAUCUCAUUUAGCACUGUAUGAACUGUGCAACUGAACCACUGUCAUUAUAUAGCAGCAUUUAGUAUCGAGGUACAUUUAAAGAAGCAACACAGCUGUCAACUCUUUCUGGAAGUGAAUGGGCAACAUUCAGCAAUAUAUGGCAAGUAAAUACCAUAAGUUGCUGAGAAGUUGAGUGUAUUUCUGACAGCUUUUCCAAGAAAUUAUCUAGUCUUCAGUAGUUGACGUAUGUCCAAGGAAGGAUGGAGGACUUGUAGCAAUUUUGAGGUUAAUGUGAAGAGAUAACCAUUGUACUACCAUUGUGUCAUGUUCAUAUAUCAAUGUCAGUCAUUUUAACUAAUUUGACCACUGUGUUCCAUCUACACAACUCUAAGAAUGUAUACUCAUUCAACUGUUUAUUAAUAAUCAGUACAUGUUUCAACCAUCCAACUGGUCAUCAUCAGGUGAUUCAAUACAUAACAAGUGUUUUUGAAUUGCAACCAUUGCAACUAACAUAUGGGCCAAUAUUUACAAUCGUUUCUGUCUACUCUCUGUGCUGGAUGUGUUAAUAUAAAUUGUAAAAUUAUAAAAUUAUAAAAUUGCUACAUUAUAAUGUAGAUUAGGUAUAACUGAUCACAUAACAAUGAAGCAAAAUUAUGUAAAAUGUUUUCUGAGUCAGAAGUGCUAUAAGGGUAUAUAUAGUCCUUUCUUCUCUAAUGAUUAUCAUUCAUGAUACAUGUGACACUUUGGAAUAGAUAGAUGUGUGUUGUUACUUAGCCUACUAGGCUAUGGACUUUCACUUGUCUACCCUUGGGCUAUUUGGCUUGUAAGUAUUGUAUCACCUGAUGAUGACCAAUUGGAUGGUCAAAACUUGUAGUGAUUAUUAAUAAACAUUUGAAUGGGUAUACAUUCUUUGAGUUGCAUGGAUGGAACACAGCAAUUAGAUUAGUUUCAUCACACAACAGGAUGCACUGUAUAAAGUUUGUCAGUCAUUUUGUAACUGUUUUAUUUGUGUUUAAAUUUUUUGGAAUAAUGGCAGACUUCUUCAUUUUAUACUGCUGCUUAUGUACGUCUAGAAUUAUAGCACACAGAAUUCUCAACAUCAGAUAUAAAUAUGAAGAAGGGUACAUGAUACACGUUCCCAUGCUUUCGUAACAUUGAGUUUUGGGAGUGUGGGCUUUUAGAUUGUGACAGCAUGUAAAUAUUGUAGGUGGAUCAUUUCAGAGGCACAUAAUGCCUCAAUUUUCAGGGUUGGCUCAACUCUGAAAUGGAGGCAGAUUGUCUUUGUAGAGCAUUUGUUUCCACUUAACAGGACUACACUGUGCAAUUCUGAAUUGGAAGCAGCAUGUGCUUCUGAAAUAAUGGUAUUCACAUACACUAUACAGAGGAACCUCGCUUAACAAGCACCUCUCAUAAUGAGUAAAUCAAAUU